UCCUACCCUAUCCGUUGGAUUGGACCCGACGCAACCCUCCCUCCCUCCUUCCCUUCCUUUUUUGAAUUUCAAAAUAAAGCAGCCACGCUUCUCCCUACAAACCGAGGGAAAUAACCUUUAUUACUCCAGCGAGGAUGUCCUCCUCCUCCUCCUCCUCCUGUCCAAUUGUAUAUAUAUAUAAAAUAACAUAGGGUUCCUCCUCCCUCCCCCCUCGCCAUCACCAUCACCAAUCCAACACAAUCCAGAUUACGAAAGAUGGAAAAGUAUGAGAAACUGGAGAAGGUCGGGGAAGGCACCUACGGCAAAGUCUAUAAAGCCAAAGACAAACUAACAGGUCAGCUCGUUGCUCUCAAAAAAACUCGGCUCCAAAUGGAUGAGGAAGGCGUUCCCCCUACCGCUCUCCGCGAAGUUUCUCUUCUUCAGAUGCUCUCUCAAUCUCUCUACGUCGUCCGCCUCCUCUCAGUCGAACACCUUGACGCCAACAACUCCGACGACGACUCCAAAUCCAAUCUCUACUUGGUUUUCGAGUUUCUCGAUGCGGAUCUCAAGAAAUUCAUCGAUUCUCACCGCAAAGGUCCCAACCCUAGACCUCUCUCCCCUUCCCUCAUCCAGAGCUUCCUCUUCCAGCUCUGCAAGGGAGUUGCUCACUGUCACAGCCACGGUGUGCUUCACCGCGAUCUCAAGCCUCAGAACCUUCUUCUUGAUCAGGAGAGAGGUAUUCUUAAGAUUGCUGAUUUGGGAUUGGGUCGUGCCUUUACUGUGCCUCUUAAGAGUUAUACCCAUGAGAUUGUCACUCUUUGGUAUAGGGCUCCUGAGGUGUUGCUUGGUUCCACUCAUUAUUCCAUCGCUAUCGAUAUGUGGUCUGUCGGUUGCAUCUUUGCUGAAAUGUCGAGAAGGCAAGCUCUGUUUCCUGGAGACUCCGAGCUUCAACAGUUGCUUCAUAUUUUCAGGUUGUUAGGAACACCAACUGAAGAGCAGUGGCCAGGAGUUACUUCUCUUAGAGAUUGGCAUGUCUAUCCCAAAUGGGAGCCUCAAAACCUUGCACGAGCUGUUCCAUCUCUUGGACCUCAAGGGGUGGACCUCUUAUCGAAGAUGCUCAAGUACGAUCCAGCUGAAAGAAUCUCGGCCAAAGCAGCUAUGGAUCAUCCCUAUUUCGACAGCCUUGACAAGUCGCAGUUCUGAAGCUACAAGGUUUUGGGGAUUUUACUUUCUGCUUCCAUCAUGCAUUUUCUAGGAUUAGAUACCUUUAUGUAAAAGAUGUUCGGUUCAUCGUCUUGGUGAUGUAACUUUUGAACUUUGUCACAACUUAUAUGAUAUAUAUAUAUAUAUUUUUUUUUUUUUUGCAAUUUAUGCGUACAAUUAAUCUUUGCGCGCCAAAUUUGCAAGAUUUCAUCUAUUGUUUUUUUAAGAAUGAAAUUAAUCUCUGGAUAACUGCUGAUCAAGUGUAAAAUAUCGCAUGUAUUUGUGAAUGGCGAUUCAGUUGUUCACUGUUCAUGCCUCUCUCCAUGUUUUACGUGAUAAUUAAAUGUUCAUUGUUGAA